CUUUCUUUCAUUACAACAAGAAUUCGCUGCCAACUUAUUCUUUUUCUUUUUCUUCUCAAUCAAUUAGUUGGGAAGAAAAAGAUUAUAACAUUUUUGCAUUAUCUAAGGCAUCAAGAGGGCUAAUCAUUGUAUGGCAACUAGGAGAAGAGAAGCUUUUCCUGGCAAGGAGAAGGCAACACCUUCUCCACAAACAGGAACAGCAAAGCUCAGAGGAGCUGUAAAUCAAACUUCCCCCAAACCAAAAGUUUCAACUGCACCACUAAAACAGACUAGGCCAGCAGCUUUGAGAGCCCCGACUACCGGUGUUUCCAAGCCUCAGACGAGGAAACCAGCCUCCCCAGCCACUGCAACCAAGCCUGCACAAACCAGAACAAGACCCCUGGAUAUCAAGACAGCGAUUCCCACACUGAAAACGCGCGUCUCAGCUGCUGUCGCUGCUGCUACUCCUGUUACUGCUACUGGUGUUACCCGACGUGCCUCCACACUCCCAGUCAAGGCUGUUGCUCCCCCUAAACCACCUCCUGCUAAGAAAUGGAAACCGGUGGAGAAGGAAGAAGGAAAACGUCGCCUCUCCACCUCAUCUGUGGGCAGUGGGAGGAGGAGCAGCAUCGGCUUGAGGAAGGAGAGUGUACGUAGUGCUCCAGCAAAGAAGGAACAGCAGAUCACCAGCUUUAAUCUUGACAAAAAUGAAGAUCUAAGCAUGUGCAACGUUCCUGAACCUGAAAUGAAGCUUCAAGACAGAGAAAAAUAUUCUUAUCUCAAUGAGAAGACGGUGCAGAGUUUGAGCAACUUUGAAAAAGGCAUCAAUGAUAUCGUACGAGGUGAUCAAGAGCCGUUGAACUUUGCCAAGAUUGAAAAUGCGGUUAAUCAUGCAGAUCCAACAAUUGUGAUUUCCGGAUCUUCUAAAAUCUCAGGACAGCACGAAACACCUGCCGAUAUCAAGACAAAAGAGAAUGUAACAAAUAGCUCUGAUAUAGUUGAAAACAUUGCAGACAAUUCCCAAGAGGAGCUUACAGAAAAAGAGGUCAAAGUGGUCAAAGUAGCAGCAGAGGAACAAGCAGCAGUUGUAAGUAAAUUUGUUGAGUCUAAGGAAAUCGAACCAGCAGUGGAAAAGAAGCAAGAAAACUCAGUUGCUCAGAGACAACAAGAAAAAUCACAUGGGAAGUAUGACUCACCAGUUUCCAAUGAUGUAAUCGAGGAGACUGCAAACAAGCUUCGCGAGAUGAGAAACAAAGUGAGGGCUCUUGCUGGAGCUUUUGAAACUGUCAUCUCGUUGCAAGAGAAAUGACAAACCACUCAAGGAUGAUUUACAGGGGGAAACUGGUAUAUACUCGUGCAAGUGGAACAUAAUGUGUUUUAUGCUGACGUUUGAUUUUCAUUUGAUCUUUUAAAGUUAUUUGUAUCAAACACCACUAAAACUGUACAAGGUGAUCCUUCACUAGUUGCUUGAUAAAAUCUAUCUUAUAGCUAA